UGGGAGCGUUUUGGGGCGAAGAUGCUCCGGGUUCUGCUUCUUAAGGGGCGGGCGGUGUUGUGGGGCUUUCUAUUCACUUGGGUUUCAUUAGGGUUCAGCUGCCUCCGAAGAGGGAGGAGUGGGGCUGCAGGCGCUUCCCCGCUGCCCCAGUGCUCCGUGUAGCUGAUUCGAAGGGAUUCAGGACUUCUUCACACAGUUCGAGCAAGGGUCUGGACAGUCCAUUUGAUCAUAACAUUUUUGACAACAUGGCAGAUGAUCUAAAAAGAUUCCUGUACAAAAAGCUACCAAGUGUGGAAGGACUUCAUGCUAUUGUAGUGUCAGACAGAGAUGGUGUGCCAGUUAUCAAAGUUGCCAAUGAUAAUGCUCCAGAGCAUGCUCUUCGACCUGGUUUUUUGUCAACAUUUGCCCUUGCAACUGACCAAGGCAGCAAGCUGGGGCUUUCCAAAAACAAGAGUAUCAUCUGUUAUUAUAACACAUAUCAGGUGGUUCAGUUUAAUAGGCUACCUUUGGUAGUGAGUUUCAUUGCUAGCAGCAGUGCCAACACAGGAUUGAUUGUAAGCUUGGAGAAGGAGCUUGCUCCCUUGUUUGAAGAGCUCUGGCAGGUGGUGGAGGUCUCUUAACUCACUGUUUGUCCUUAGAGUGCAGUAUCUCUAUAGUUCCAAACAAGAAUGGAAAUUCAGUCAUUUUACACAGCCCACCUUGUAAUGAGUGUCUUGAAGAAAAGGCUUCUUUUUCUUAUUCUGAGUUUUAAAACUGUACAUAGUGUUACAUCUAAAGUGAAGCAUCAUUGUAUUUGUAAAGUAAGACUGAGAGGAGGGAGCUGUUACUGCAGCUGCAUUUGCUAAGCUUAUGGGGCCUUCUAAUUACUCCCAUGGAGUUAACCUCAGGCAUACAGAUCUUACAUCACAAUGGGAAAAAUUAUGUUUGUUCAAAAUAUGCCCCACAUAACUAUUCACUGUGCAGACAGUGAGGUUCGGGUCUGUCUUCUGGGGUACCACUACAUACAUUUGAAGUGAAAAUGCAUUUUCACAGUAUCCUUCAACAAAAUAUUUCCUUACAUUUUGCUCAGGAGGAAAAGAUUGUGUGGAGAACUUUUGCUAGUAUUGAUGCACAAACACAAUCAAUGAUUUGUGUUAUAUUUGAAUAGUAAAAUACUAGUAGCCUGACUUAGCUUUAAAGAAAAAACUCACAAAGCAGACAUACACUAGCUUUAUGCAGUACUACUUAUGCAGAAAUAAAAUUAAAGUGUUCUCUUUCUAUAUGCUUUGUAAAAUAGAUGGUUUUAAUCUGUUUCAUCUCAGUUCUGUUUGAUCUCUUAAGUGCAGGUAAUUAUGCUGGCUCACUUAUCUUUGCAUGUCCCUAAACCAACCUGAAUAAAAGAAUGAAUAAUA